AUGGAGCAUCAAGCCCCUGAGGACGGUGAGCAGACUUUUCAAGGUUCUUACUAUGUCAUGAUGAACCGCCUUUCUCCUUUGUCUGUGAAGAAGCCCUCUCUGCCCAAACGCCCGUAUUUCUCCGCCAAGUUCUAUUACUUGGACUCUUCUUCGCCAGCCGAGUCUUUCAGCAGCGCCCGGACUACAACUGACGACUAUGUCUAUGAUGAUGACGCUGAAUCUUCAGAUAGCUUCAACAGCGUCGAAUUCAACGACCGGCGGCGCGAUGCCAGAAAGCAGGAGAAAGUGCACUAUUCCAUUCUGAAAGACACUUAUCUUACCAGCCUCGAGUUGGCAAUGUCCAGGCUACCCCUGAACGACCACCGCCGGGAACUCCUGGUGGACGAUUGUCAGUCCGAGAAAGAGGAUCUUCCAAGCAAACUCGCCGAGGCUGUCAAAUUGCCAUCAGCCCCUGAGGCAGAUGACUUGGCCGCUUCCACAGACCUUGCACAAAAUCAACAGCUUAACCUACCAUAUCGCUUCAAGGACACCGUCAAAAUCACAGGCCAGAGCCAGGUUGACGAGCAUGAGGACCAGACAGACACCAACGAUGUUUUAGCACAUACGCAAGACCCGAUCGACGCAUCAGCCAUGCUCGGCGCAGGUGACAGUACUGAUGUGCGAGCACCAACCGAGCACUUGGAACACGACGAGAAUACUGAGGACGUCGAGGAAGAGGGCCAAAAGCACACAGAAUCAGGCCCUGUCCAAGAACCAAAGUCAGACUGUACAGUCCAAAUCAAUGAGUACUUUGAGAUCCGGAACACCUCUUUGGGCGGCUCUGGCUCGUUCUCGCGGAAGGACCUCAAGCGCGGCGAUGUCAUCCUCCGGGAGAGCUUCAUCAUCCGAACGAACAGCUAUACUAUGGAGGCGCAAUUCGAGAGCCUCGAUGUCGUCGGCCGCCGGGCCUAUCUCUGCCUCCACCCUCACUGGCCCCUGAAUCAGGAGAACUUGGACGUCAUGAAUGCCAUUUGUCACACAAACGCUUUCAACAUCGGAGGUGGCACCGCAGUCUUUCCCAUAGCGGCUAGAUUCAACCACAAGUGUUCGUCCAUGAGCAACAUCGACUUUGACUACGACCGCCGCGCCGGCCUCAUGGUGUUCACCGUCAAGGCGGAGACAGUUGCGGCUGGCGAGGAGCUGACGCUAUCGUAUGGCGGCAACCCGAGGACCCUGCACGAGCGCUAUGGAUUCUUCUGCCAAUGCGGCGGCUGCGAAGGAUGGAGCCAGGAGCAGGCCGACGAGCUGCAGAAGCUUAACUGGGGCUGUUGA